AUGGCGUCAAAGGACAAGCUCAUCUCGUGGGAAGACUACCAAGGUUGUCUCAGAGCGUACUGGGAAUGGGCUGAGAGCUAUGACUCCAAGGACUGGGAACGCCUGCGCAAGAUCGUCGCCCCCACGGUCCGCAUCGACUACCGCUCAUUCCUGAACAAACUGUGGGAAGCCAUGCCCGCGGACGCCUUCAUCGAGAUGAUCUCGGACAAGAAGGUCCUGGGCGACCCGCGCCUGAUGACGCAGCACUUCUGCGGCGCGUCGACGUGGGAAAGAGUCUCGGACACGGAAAUCAUCGGAUACCACCAGCUCCGCGUGCCGCAUCAAAAGUACGCCGACGAGACGAGGAGCAAGGUCUUGGUCAAGGGCCACGCGCACAGCAGCAACCAGCAUUGGUACAAGAAGAUCGAUGGCGAGUGGAAGUUUGCCGGGCUGAACCCGACCAUCCGAUGGGGCGAGUAUGACUUUGACAAGGUCUUUGAGGAGGGGCGAGAGGAGCUCGGCGACAACGAGAAGGAGCAGAUCGCGGGUGACGUGGCCAAGCAGGCCGAGGGUGUCCCAACCAAAUGA